AGACGCGCGUGGUAAGACAACCACCCUGGUACUACGGGCAAGAACAAAGGACCUUCACCCACCCUCUAUAUAACGACACCUGGAUUCGCCUCCCGAAGAGCUUCCACGAGGACCACCUGGACGCGAGGAAUCAGGUGAAGGUGGUCUUCGUCGCCUACAAUGAGCUGCAUUGUACCAUCAACAGCGUGCCGUGUGACCCGCGCACUGCAAAACACAAGCGUGACCUUCCAGCUCGAGAUCAGGUCAACAGUGCCGUCAUUGGUGCCAAAGUGGGCGGGGUUUCGACCUGGCAUGCCGCAUUCGACGAAUACGUUGAAGUCCGCCUCCAACACAUCUACACCGGGGACAUCUUCCUCCUGGGACCUCCUACCUGCGUGUGGUGGGACAUCCGGUCACACAGGUGGGCGAAGGACGGCUGCCGGCUGGUGGAGACUAACGAAUUCGUGUCUGUCUGUCGCUGCGAUCACCUGACCAACCUCGCUGUGGUUGUGGACAUCACGGGCUCGUGGAUGAUACUGAUGUGAUGUACUACGUGCUCCAGUGCAUCAUCAUCAUCGGCUGCGUGGUGACGGUGGUGAGCCUCGCCCUCUGCAUCCUCUGCUUCCUCAUCUUCAAGGACCUGAGGGAGAAGACGAGCUCCUUAGUCCACGCCAACCUCU